ACCCAUUCACCCGCCCGCAGUCUGUGCUCGAACGUUAAAGUGUCCACUUCUCCUGUGCAAGGACUUACAAACAUGAAUUCACGGUGUUUAGUAGUGCUAGCAGCCGCCCUCGCCGUGGCGGCCGCCCAAGAAAGUUUUAAAUGCCCAGACGACUUCGGCUUCUACCCACACCACGUGUCGUGCGACAAAUACUGGAAGUGUGACAACGGAGUCGCCGAGCUGAAGACCUGCGGCAACGGCCUGGCCUUCGACGCCACAGACAGCAAGUACCUCACCGAGAACUGCGACUACCUCCACAAUGUAGAGUGUGGCGAGAGAACGCAAUUAGAGCCUCCAAUCUCAACACCUCACUGCCAGAGGCUGUACGGUAUCUUCCCCGAUGAGAACAAAUGCGACGUGUUCUGGAACUGCUGGAACGGAGAGGCCUCCCGUUACCAGUGCAGCCCUGGGCUCGCCUACGACAGGGAGUCCCGCGUCUGCAUGUGGGCCGACCAGGUCCCGGAGUGCAAGAACGAGGAAGUAGCGAACGGUUUCUCUUGCCCCGCGCCUGGUGAAGUGUCCAACGCCGGUUCCUUCAGCCGUCACGCCCACCCUGAAGACUGCCGUAAAUACUACAUCUGUAUGGAGGGAGUAGCCCGGGAGUACGGAUGCCCCAUUGGUACAGUCUUCAAGAUCGGAGACUCUGACGGCACUGGCAACUGCGAAGAUCCCGAAGAUGUUCCCGGAUGCGAGGACUACUACGGGGAUUUGGAUUUGAAGACGAUCCGCAAGAGCGAGCUGCUAGCUGGUCUGCAGCAAGACGGCAGCUCCAGACCCACACAGCCCAAGCAGCUCAAACCCCGCCCCCAGAAGGAGAACUAAACACCUAUCCCCACCUUAACCUUUAAAAUACUCACAUAAUUUAAAGCAACCAAACUUCUUCACACAUCACGAGUAACAAAUCCUGGCCGAAUGUAAAUUUAAAAUAAAAGUUACUCGUGAUGCGCGAAGCUUUACUUCAGGUUCAAAUUUAAAAUUUCGAAUUUAGUGAGGUAUUUGUAUUCGUUUCUAGUUGCCAAAUACUUUAUCGUUUUAGCCUUAGUACAGUUUCAUGAGGCCGGUUAGGAUAUUAGUUGAAUCAUACAGCGAUAGAUAUAUUUAUUUUAUAUUGUAUUUAGCUUUGAUAGUAUCUCAUAACGUAACAGAACCGGUGUUAAGUUCGUCUCGUAACUGUAUUUGUAUAGAAAUUUUUGUACCUAAUAACAAUAAGAGCAGGUUUGCAUUUAAACGAAGUAGUUCUGUGUAAAACUUAGAAAUCGCACAUCCUGAAUGUAGGUAACACCCAUGACUUUGUAAAUAUUUUAGUACUGCAUUAUUUCGCUGCGACUGAGUGUUGUUGUUUGAUAGAAACUGUAAUACUUAAGUUUUAUUAUUAGUGAUAAAAUAAAUAAAAGAUAAAACAUUAAA